CAUUUUUAACUCCUCGAUAAAAUGGCUGCCGAGCAAGCGAAAACCCGCGGCAACCGCGCCUUUGCCGCAGGACUGUACUCGGACGCCGUGGCCUGCUUCUCCGAGGCGCUGGCCGUCGCCCCCUCCGACCCAAACGCGCACGUCUUUUACAGCAAUCGCUCGGCAGCGCAACUCAAGCUCAACAAGGCCGACGAAGCACUCAAAGACGCAGACCAAUGCAUCGCACUCAAGCCAAACUGGGCCAAGGGAUACUCACGUCGCGGCUCUGCACUGUACGCCCUGGGACGCUACGCCGAUGCCUAUAGGGCCUACAAAGACGGACUGAGUCAUGAGGCAUCCAACGCGGGGCUGCUCGAAGGACUCCGUGCCGUGGAAGCCAAGCUAGUGACCCAGAGAUCCGGCUCGUCCCAAAGCGCAUCUUCUUCGACGUCUACACCAGCCCCAGCAGUCAACUUGAAGGGAUUUCUGGUUGGCAACAAGCGCAACAUGUUCCAGUUGUACCAGUUCAUCCUGCGCAGUCUGAUGCUGCUCUGCUUCGUCAACUUUUGGAUCCCCAUGCUGCUGUCCAGUUACGCCGCCUACUCCAACUUCUUCAAGCUGGCACUGGUUAACCACUCCAGCUACUUGGCCUUCACGCACGGUGUCCCCAAAUGGAACGCCGCCUACGCACAGCGUCUGCUGCUGGAUCCCGCUGCUCAGGUUUUCUUCUUCUGCCUUGUGUUCUGGGUUUCGGCUCCACACGGAAUGGCAAUGAUGCCUGUGUUCCUGUUGGAAAUGGUGCACUACUUCGCCUAUUUGCAGUCGCUAUUGCAGAUUCUUGGACUGGCCGAGUCUCCCGUUGUGACGCUAGUGACCAGCAAGGCAUUGGUGCCUCUCACGGCGCUUAUCAUCAGUGAUCCGAGCUUCCCGGCACUGGCCACGCGUGCCAAGUGGGCCAAGCUGUACACGCGUAUGCCACAGGUGGCGGCCAAUAUUGAUGUGGCCAUUGGCGUUGCGCUGAUCCUGGAGAUGCUCACGCCGUCGCGCAACUUCCUGCUGCUCGUACUGUACUGGCAGGUCCUGCGUGUGCGCUACAUGAUCUCGCCGCAGUUGCAAGAAGCCUUCCGCUCGCUACACGCUAUGAUCCUCACGGUCGUCCACCACCCUCGCUGCCCUGCGAUGAUCGCCGCUGUGUACGGCAAGAUCCACGCAUUUGCAGUCAAGAUGGGCGACGUGGCGGCGCAGCAGCAACAGGCUGCGUCUGGUGCUGGUGGACUGGCCUCGCGCUGCAACAUCAUGUAGACGGAUAGACAGGAGUAUGAAAGAGAUUGCGACUAGCGAGAUCGACUGGUGUUGUGUUGAUUUGCCCUUGAAAAGCUCUCUCAAAUGCAAACUUUGGUGCCUCCUUAAAAAAAAUCAUGAUUUUCAAUGAUUGACUUUGUUGAAUACGCACAAGUGUGUCCACACCUCCACGUAACUUGGUGGUCAUGUAAAGAGCAGUAACGGACUAUCAAGCGUCU